CGCGUCUCCUCACGCUCGCAAGCAAAUAUACAAAUGCUACUCGUCGGCGAGACUUUCGUUAAACAAAGUGACAGCUCCCUGCUAGGCAAUCACGUUAAAUUGCGCUGUCAAUGAGGAGGGAUCGAAGCCGGUAGUCGCCCGGAGCUCCCUCGCAGCAUGACGGAGAGAUCGCUCUCGGAAGAUUGCGCUCGAAAUCACCAUCGACUUUCCGCGCGGGGAAAGAUAAUCUUAUUUGACUGUAAACGAGCCUCGGCCACGAGUGACGGCGAUAGAAGUGAGUUAAUCUUCCGCAGCCUUUCAUUCGAGCGGGAAGCCAACGCGUUCGUGAGCGCGGCUGACGGAGCGGCUGUCAUCGACGGGAAGAGGUCGGCGCGCGUCGACGUCGUGCGAUGCAAAUGUGCCACGAGCGCUCAGACGAGAGCGCGCGCGCCGUGUGUUUUGGUGGCCAGGAAGGGCGCGAGGGGGGCGAGCUUCCACUACAGUCUGCUCGCGCUCAGCGGCUCGAGCCGCCCGGAGCCCUGCGUGCAGUUUAAACUGCCUUACGAAAUGAGGGAGAACGUGACCAUCCUGCGAGGCCCCGCCGUGGCGUGGAGUCACGCCGGGGGCGUCUUCCACGCCUCCCCGCGCACCGCAGAGGUCAGGCGAACGCCCCUUCAGUGGUCCCACUGUGUUAUUGGAGAACUCCCGCUCCACGAGGACCAGGUAUUCGUUCUCGGGCUUCCCGCGGUCCCGGGCCAGGGCCCGAAUGACGCUCGUGCCACCGGGUGUUUCGUCGAAAGCGGGCGAGUGUUCGACGGCAGUGUGAUGAUGCCGCAUCAGUACGUGGGCCUCGCGCGGUGCGUCCUCGUGCUGUCCGCGCACAGGGUGGACGACGCGCUGAAGUCCGCGGUGGUCGCGGCGACUUCUGACGAGCAACUGGUUUCUUUUGAGGACGGCGCCGUGAAAGAAGCGUGUCGGCUUCCUUUCGGGCAACCUGAACUCAUUCAGGAGGUCAACACCGGGAGACACGGCUGCCUGCUCGUGGUGUCUUUUCACCAGGGGCAUGUAUGUGCGCUGUGGAAGGACACCUUUCAGGUAGCCUCCCGCUGGUCAGGUGUCACUUCUGUCCACGUGGACGACUUCCUGGGAUGUGGAACAGACCAGAUGCUGUUGGUUUUUAGCGAUGAAGGCAUGACCGAACAACCCCUGGGGAGAUUUCUCCUCACCGACCUCUGUGGCAUUUCAUACUCUUGUGGGCAGGACAGCGGGCCGCCAAGGACCCCAUCUCCUCCGCCAGAGAACGAUCUCCUCACCCUCCGAGCUUUGGAGUCCAGACUACAGAGCGGCUUGACCGUGCUCCAGGAGCUUCGGGCAGAGAUGAGAGUGAAGGACAGAGUUCUGCAGCAGUCGAUCCGAGCGCUCACUGAUGCCGUCUCCCAAGAAAAGACUAUUCUCACCCGGCAUGAGCAGGAAGGCCUCAUUGCUCUGUGGGACUGCGAGGAGGAGGAGGAGAAGGAGGAGGAUGAUGAUGAUGAUCAGUCAAAGGAUGAAAAGAUGCCAGACUUGCCAGCCGUGUCUUCAAAACCUCAAGUUGAGAAGCUGUGGCAUCGCAUCGCCGACGAGCGACUGGUUGUGGGAGUGAUACUAUCUACUGACAGCUCGACACCAGUGGCCAGUGUGAGCUUAUCCAUCCUGACGGAGACGGGUCAGGGCUCAACACCUGCAGUCAUCCAGGCCCAGAGCCAAGUGUUCUGUCUCCCUGCGACCUGCUCUUCGUCUAGCAGCUCCUCCUCCUCCUCCUCCUCCUCCUCCUCCUCCUCCUCCACUGCCUACACAUUCUUAGAGCCUGCAGCCAAAAGAAGCAAGCAGCACCAUGCUGGGAGACCCAAUGAUCUCAACGCAUGCCGACUGGCUGUGACUGCUGUGACCAGGCUGCCGCCUCUGUUGAACUCUCGCUGUGUAAAGUGCCGCGUCAUGCUCCAUUACGUCCAGGGACGAGAUGCCUUUGCCGUUGUGAGCAACGCAACGCCGGUUGUUGUGCAUUGCGGAGAUGUUGCUCUAGACAUCAACCACAAUUUCCAAACCCGACUCUUGAUAAAACCCGAACUCAAAACAGAUGACACAGAAGAGGACUUGCUGAGCCUGAUGGCACUGCUGGAUCACUGGGUCUUCCGCAUACACUCUCCCGAUCACAGUUUAGACGAUAUAGAUGGCUGGAUUAACAAUAUAGCGGGUUGUAGAAGGAUAGAAGUGAACCCUCAGUAUCGAUUGUUAAAUUCUUCAGGACCAGCCGCUCUCAUGCUGCUUCACUGGCAUCAGAUAAGCCCUUUUCAGGGGGAUCUGUCUGUCCACUCCAGCCAGUUGCAGGCGCUCCAGUUCCUGCACUCUCUCUUGGCCCACCUCCCGCCCUGCUGCUGGAUCCAGUCUGUCAAAGGUACAAAAGGACAGGAUGCAGCUAAAAUAUUGUCUUUGGCUCUGGAGAAAGAGUUGGUGUCCCUCAGAGACUGCAUUUCAUUGCUACUUUGUGAAGAAGAGAAGGAGAAGAAGGAGGAGGAUGAGGAGGAGGAGAAAAAAAAGAGGACCAGUUUUGGACACGAGGAGACCCCCGAGCCAGGUUCUGCGAAGGAGCUCCAGAGGCGUAGGGAAGCCUUUCAGGGGGACGUGGAGAGGAGUAAGACGAGGUUGAGCCCCCUGGUGGAUGUGGCGAGGUAUCGUACGCUGACCGAAAGCAUGUCCAAAGUCCAGCUGCAUGUGGAUUUGGCCGCCCUGUUAAACACUCCAACAGCUUUGUGUGAGGACUAACGAGUUAGUCAUGUUACCUGGACUGGGGGGUUGGCGCUGUCCCUUCGCCUGCAUGUGUCUGGUGUCUCCUGUGUAACAGCCUCCACCCGUUUACACUGCACCACCUCCAGCCAACAUCUGAUACUGAUGUGAUACUGCUCUGUUCAUGUCCCUUAAGACCCUGCGGGUUCAACAAUGCUCUUCCAUGUCUUCCAUCGCUGCAAGAGAGACGCUUUGUGUCAUGAAUACAGGCAAACGGGGCGAUUGGUGACACGGAGGUUGUAAAUCUGCUGAGUGCCGGUAAUUGACAGCCAGCUUUUAGAGGCAGAAUACCUUCCCCUCGUGAGUCAAGUCCUGGUGUCUGUUUCUUAUGGCUCUGCACAGGCCGUCUGCUCUAAAAGGCAGUUUGACCAAAUAAACAUGAAAUCUUACUUAAAAGGACCCCAACUUCUCUGGCUACAUGCAGCUUUGCGAUGUGGCUGGAGUUUUUUUUUUCUUUCUUUCCCUUCCCCAGAAGGGGCUGAGGAACAAGGAUGUGCAAGCUACUCUUAUCGGUGUAGUACUUAGGACUCCGUCUCAGGAGAGAAACUUCCCCUCUUUUACACCUCUUUUCCGCAAGUAAAAGCUUCCACAGGACUCGCCGCCCCCAAAAGGGAACAUGGCCAAGACAGCCCUUCGGAGUGAGUGAGCACUUUGUGGCGGUAACUGUGCAGUGGGUUAAUGAAAGAUGAGAGGAAUGUGUUUUUUGUCUCCUUUCUAAUGGAGGCAAAGGACCCCCCC